AUGAGUCGGGCUCAAGCGGCCCUGGCCACCACAAUGUGGCUUUUUUCCCUUUUACUGGUCAUCCCUCUUCUUUCUACAGCGGCAGGUACCCCCGAUGGACACGCCGAUCUCACCCGCAUCACGGGGGACUCCAGCAACACCCAUGCGCCAACCUCUCCUCCACCCCCGCCUAACCCCUCGGUUACUGCAGAUGCGGACCAGAUAACAAUUGAGGAGGAACCGCAAGCCAUCGCGACCGCAGGCAAAGAUGUGUAUCAAUUUUUCCGCGAAGGAAGCGCAGACUACGCUGUAACAUGUGUGACACUUCGUGACGAAGAAAAACGAUUCAAAGUCGCCCAGAACUUCUGCAGGGGCUUUGACAAGAACCAGGCACUCCAGCGCCUUUGCUCCCGUGUCUCGGCUGAGCUCCUGCGUACCGUGAGUUCUGCAUCGGAAGGUCUUGGCCCUCAGCCGUUUCCAGCACUGUUCGAGAAGAUGCAGACCCUCCCUGAACACCCGUACUUUGCAGCUGGAACGAGCGAACCCGAUUUGGGAGCGAUUACGGCAUUUGUCAAGUCCACAGCUGCUGAUCCGUGGACUCCAGUCUAUGAAGAACUGCACGGUCUUCCCACGGAAAGCUGCCCUUUCCUACAAGGGGCCCACAUUCUGAUGACCGAAUCGAUCCAAAUGAAGGCGAAGGCAAAGACACCCGUGCAGAUCGAAGCCGUCAAGCUUGUGGCGGCAAGGCGAACCCUGUACAGCACUGUAUUUGCCCCGGUGGCCAGCAGCAUGGCCCUUGGCCUCUGGACAGAGCUCGUCGACUUUUCCAAAUGCAACAAGGCCUCUGGGCCAAAACCGCCUGGAAAGCAGUCGAAGAAGGAAAUCAUGUAUCGGGCGUUUGGAUUUGCGGUCGCGCGCAUGUACAUUCCACAACAGACUCGUUGCUCCAGGCAGUCAACCGAGCCUGUCUGCCAGAUGCUGAUAAGCUACUUGGCCGUGUCGCAGGCCAUCGUCGCGUUGGGCCGUGUGCUGGGCACGCCGUCGGAGCAGAAGGCUAUUGGCACGCUGGACGAGACAGUCGCCAAGUUGCGGACCAGCAUCACCGAUGACGAGAUUUCGGCUACCCAGAUGCAGGUCGAAGUUUCCAUUGCCGAAACUGUCUUGAUAGCUUUAUCUGGCAAAAAGAAGACGGUCAAAUUCAUUCUCGCAAUGGCAAAAUCAAAAAAAAUUGCCAAAAUUCUUGCCGUGAUCGUUGCGAAGGUAAAAAAAUGGGUGUUUCCUUUUGAGAAGCAGAACCUCGAGACUGCGAAAGCUCUUUCCGACGCCAGACCGAUGGUGUACGCACUCGAGAAUGCCAACUCCGCCUGGCUGGGAGGUACAGGUCGUUGCGCAGUGGCGAACAAGGGCUUGGAGAACCUUAUGCUUGCUAUUGCGAGAAGAAUUGCGAAGGAAAUGAAGCCCACUCAGCAGACUAGCUUCCUGGAGAGCGCUGACUUCCACUCGCCGGUGUCCGGUUCCGACUCUACUCAGAUCACCAGCUUGAUAGCUUCAGAAGAGGAUGCAACUGGACGCUGGGUGAAGCCUCACGACGGCCUGUCGUUGUUGCAGACUCCAGGUGCCUCUGAUUCGGUGGGUGGUCGUGGAUGGAAGAAGCGCAGAAAAAUGCACUUUCUGCUCGCCUUUGCUGGCUUCGCCUUAGCAACUACUGUAAUUGGAUCAUUUGCAGUGCCGUUUAUUCACCCGCUGUUCGUCAUCUUCCUCGUCACGGGUCUUUUCGGUUUCAUCCUGUUUGCAACUUUCACUUCGGUCAUUAUCAAGCAAUCUCUUUUGAUCACUGCGACGACUCAAGCCAGCGAGGAGAUUGACCAGACCGAGAGAAGGAUUCACCAGCACAGGUUGGAGCAAAAGGAACUCAGCGACGCGGUGUCUGAGCAAAUAACGCGAGAGAACCGUAACAGGCCGCCAAGCCCGCCUCCAAACCCGCCACCAAACCUGCCUCCAAGCCCGCCGCCAAACCCGCCGCCAAGCCCAGCUCCCGCCCCUAAUGCCGCUAAUACUCAUUAUCCAACCCCGCUAUCAGACAAGCUGACUGUUGCGGGUCCGUCUGCCGGUCUGGCGACGGGUGUUUCGUCACGGCGUCCUUCAAGGAGACGGUCGCGGAGCCCCAGUCCCACCGGCAAUGUGAAUUACGGCUUUCAAAGCGACACGGACAGCUGGGACAGCUCAAGCGGCGAUGAGAGCGAUGAUGAAGGCAUGAUAGGCUGA